CCCCUCUCCUGCGCCGUGCAGAGCUACUCCUGGGGGAAAGUGGGGCUGGAGAGCGAGGUGGCCAAGCUGCUGGCCAGCAGUGACCCCCUGGUCCAGAUCCAGCCCGACCAGCCCUACGCGGAGCUCUGGAUGGGUGCGCACCCCCGGGGAGAUGCCGUCAUCCGGGAUAACCGCAUCCCCCAAAAGACCCUGGGCCAGUGGAUCGCCGACAACCCCGCCUGCCUCGGGGCGAAGGUGAAGGACACCUUCCAGGGUCGCCUGCCUUUCCUCUUCAAGGUGCUGUCGGUCAACACCGCCCUCUCCAUCCAGGCACACCCCAACAAGGAGCUGGCGGCGAAGCUGCAUGCCCAGUUCCCUGAGCACUAUCCCGAUGCCAACCACAAGCCUGAAAUGGCCAUCGCUCUCACCCCCUUCGAGGGCUUGUGCGGCUUUCGGCCCGUGGAGGAGAUCGUCUCCUUCCUCCAGACCGUCCCUGAGCUGCGGGCGCUGGCUGGGGGGGGGGGGGGGGGCAGCGGGAGCGACGACCCCCGCGGCGUCUCGGCUGCCCUCCGCGUCUGCUUCACCCGCCUGAUGAAGAGUGAGAAGAAGUUCUUCGUCGACCAGCUGAACAUGCUGGUGAAGAGGAUCUCCCAGGAAGUGGCAGAAGGGAAGGACACGUCAGGGAGCAACGGGGACCUGCUGCUGCGGCUGCACUCCCAGUACCCGGGGGACAUCGGCUGCUUCACCAUUUAUUUCCUCAACCUGGUGAGACUGGAGCCGGGGGAGGCCAUGUUCCUGGGAGCCAACGAGCCCCACGCCUAUCUGCAUGGAGACUGCGUGGAGUGCAUGGCGUGCUCGGAUAACACGGUGCGUGCUGGGCUCACCCCCAAAUUCAUCGACGUCCUCACCUUGUGCGAGAUGCUCAACUACACACCAGCACCCAGCAGCUCCAAGAUCUUUCCGGCCACGCAGAGCCAGCUCGACCCCAGCGUCUACCUCUACGACCCACCUGUGCCAGACUUCGCCAUCAUGAGGAUAGAGAUCCCUCCCUCCAUCAAGCUGUACCUUGUCUCUGCUGUGGACUCUGCCAGCAUCUUGCUGGUGAUCCAAGGGACGGCCGUGGGCACCUCCACAGCCGCAGCCUCUGAAAUGACUCUGCGUCGUGGCUCCGUGCUCUUCAUCUCUGCCAACGAGAGCAUUUCCCUCCACCUCUCCUCGCCGGACGGGAUGCUGCUCUUACGACCCUGCUGCCUCCUCUGUGCCUGGGCUCUGCCUGUCCUCCCUCCCCACCCCAGCCAGGCGACAGGUCCCAUCCAGGCCACCUAA